AUGCAGCGAACUAGUGUUUGCCACACGUUACUGCCUCUCGGGCUAACAGCGUUUCUCAUUCUGGCUGGUACCAGCGGUGCGGACGCGUUAACUGCGAGCUUGCACACAGGACGCCUGGAAUCCGAAACGCCGGAUGCUGGCACUCCAUCGCUUGCAGAUGACGCAGGGCGUGAAUCUGAAUCAGUGAAGACGCAACAGGAGCCGCAGAUUGCGGGUGUGCCCAGUGCCAUUGAUACUGACCGCAUCGACGAGCAAGCUAAAGAAGCGGAGGCACGCAAGAGGCCCAAGAACUCCAACAUGGUGCGGCUUAUGGUGACCGACAAAGCGGGCAGCAAACGCUUCAGCAAGACGGUGGAAACAUCGGCACUUCAUUCCAAAAUAGUGGAUGAGCUUGGGGGGACCGUUUCGGUCCUGACUGAAACGGGGGUCACACUCAUCGAUUUGCCCAUGACCGUCAGUGACAUAGACAUGGGCAAACUCAUCAGCGAGAUUAUUGCAGCAGGUGGAAUCGUUGAGGGUGACUCUGAGGUGAGCAUCGCCUAG